ACUUCGGACGGCGCCCACGGAGGCCGCGAUGCUGCUGGAGCGGGUCCGCGCCGGUUCGGAGAAAGCAGCGGAGCUCUGCCCGUUCCCGCGGAGCCCAGAGAUCCCGCUGUGCGCCGGCUGCAACCAGCACAUCGUGGACAGGUUCAUCCUCAAAGUCCUGGACCGGCACUGGCACAGCAAGUGCCUGAAAUGCUCCGACUGCCAGACGCAGCUGGCCGAGAAGUGCUUCAGCCGCGGGGACGGCGUCUACUGCAAGGAAGAUUUCUUCAAGCGCUUCGGGACGAAGUGUGCCGCCUGCCAGCAGGGCAUCCCCCCGACCCAGGUGGUGCGCCGCGCCCAGGACUUCGUUUACCACCUGCACUGCUUCGCCUGCAUCGUCUGCAAGCGGCAGCUGGCCACCGGCGACGAGUUCUACCUCAUGGAGGACAGCAGGCUGGUCUGCAAGGCGGACUACGAGACGGCCAAGCAGAGAGGUACCCCCAGCCCCGUCCCCUCCAGCCCCGAGGGCAGCGGGAGCUGCUGCUGCCCCCGGGACAGGUUCAAACAGCGGGCGGGAGGGGUUGGGAGAGCCCGGGGAGGGUCGGGUGAAUCAGGGAUAACUUCACCGGCAGAGGCUGAGUCUACAGCCAAGAGACCCCGCACCACCAUCACGGCCAAGCAGCUGGAGACCCUCAAAAACGCUUACAACAACUCGCCCAAACCGGCGCGGCACGUCCGGGAGCAGCUCUCGUCCGAGACCGGGCUGGACAUGCGGGUGGUGCAGGUCUGGUUCCAGAACCGCAGGGCCAAGGAGAAAAGGCUGAAGAAAGACGCGGGGAGGCAGAGGUGGGGGCAGUACUUCAGGAAUAUGAAGAGGUCCCGGGGGACAUCCAAGUCGGACAAGGACAGCAUCCAGGAGGAGGGGCCCGACAGCGACGCCGAGGUUUCCUUCACAGACGAGCCCUCCAUGUCCGAAAUGAGCCAUUCCAAUGGGAUUUACAGCAACCUCAACGAAGCCUCCCCCGCCCUGGGGAGGCAGGCUGGCAGCACCGGCAGCUUCGCGCUGGAGCACAGCGGGAUCCCAGCUCAGGACCAGUUCCACGACCUGCGCUCCAGCAGCCCCUACGGCAUCCCCCAGUCCCCAGCAGCCCUGCCAGCCCUGCCGGGCCACCAGCCCUUAAUCUCCAGCUUGGUUUACCCAGACAACGGCUUGGCCAUCAUGGCCCAGAGCGGACCAGGCGUGCCCCAGCCCAUGCGGGUCCUGGCAGGGAACGGACCCAGCUCCGAGCUCUCCAGCGGCAGCAGCGGGGGGUACCCGGAUUUCCCGGCCAGCCCGGCGUCCUGGCUCGAUGAGGUCGACCACGCUCAGUUUUGAUACAGGAGGUGGGAAGGGAGAGGAACUCGGUGCUGUUUAAUGUCCCUUGAUUUUUGGAGAUGAUCCCGACAGAGGAUGGUGGAAAGGCCUUGGCACUGCAAGCAAACAUUCUCGUGUCUUUACCAAACACCAAGAGCUGUGCUUUACAGAUUUGAUAGGAGGUAUUUCGCGUUUUGUUGUCAGCAAGGACUCGCUCCGUCACCCAUCCACACCGAAACAUUUUUAAGGGAAAAUAAAAUCCUCAUCCACGGUGAAAGGUGUGACAAUGUCUAUAUUUCUAUAGGAGAAAUGUUCCUAGUGAAUCACUUCAGAAAUCCAUGGUAGGAAACUUCUCUGUUCUUCCAACAGAUUUUUUUAAAGCGCACCAAUGCGGUAUGUUUUGUUUUACUUUGAAUUUACAUUAACUUUUCUAAAAUGAAAUGCUCUUUAAUAUGCCAAUCAUUUAUCAGCAGCCUUUUUCCUUUGUAAAAUGAAAACCUCACGUUAAUUCUGCUUCUCCCCUCUUUAAUUUGUAGAUUGCUAGGUUGACUCUUCCAUAUAAGCAUUAACCCGUGAAUAGAUGUAUUUAUUACCAAGUAAUUCCACCUUUAUCACGAGCUCAAGAGGUGAAUUUUCUUGAUCCAGGGACACUGGUGGUGGACCUGGGCUGUGGAUCUUAUGCUUUUCCUUCAAAUUUCUUCACAUCAGUUUUACUGCAAAGUGUCUCAAAAAUCACCCUGAUGUCUUGUUGCCAAAAUCCUUCUCAGGGGUUGGGCUGGUUUAGGACCAGCCCUUCCCCAGGCACUGCUGGAGUGAGCACCCCCUUCCCUGGGGCCAGCUCUCUGCUCCAGGCAUUUGUGUUUUUCCAUGGAUAUCGUGCAAGCUGAUUGUGAGGAAAGGCAAGACAAUAUGUAUAUUGUUAUCUGUAAAAAUUAUGGAAUUAACUGUAGAUUAUGUGGAUGUCCAGUGUCUUUUAUUUAUAUUCUCGCUUUCUCUCUGAUGAUCAAAUACUUCAAGAUUACAAAUAAAUUUGUCAGCUAAA